AUGGGCAGGAGCAGCAGGAAGGGCAAGUGCGCAGCCGCCGUGGCUCCCGCCGCCGACGACGCCGACUACGCCAUGGCUUCCGCGGAGGCGCCCGGCGGGGAGCAUCAUCAGGCACCGCCGCCGGCUCCCGCGGAGGGAACCGACGCCGGCGAGGCCGCCGCGGCCAACGGGGACGCGACGGCGGUGGAGCUGGACGAGCCAAGGCGGGACUCUUCGCCACCGGAGAGCGGCGACGUGGAGGCCGUCGCGACGCUGAAGCGCCUCAACGGCAUCCUCGUCAGCGCGGCCGCCGAGGAGCGGAAGCGGGUGGCGGCGCUGGAGGCGCGGCUCGCCGAGCUCGCCGCCGACGCCGACGCCGCCGCGCUCGCGGACGCGGAGCGCGCGGUGCUGCUCAUGGCCGUCUCGGCCCCGCUCAGGGCCGCGGAGGAGGAGCGCGCCGCGCUGCUGGAGCGCCUCGCGGCGGCGCGGGACUCGCUCGGGCGCGCCCAGGCGGAGGCGGCGCGCGAGGCCAGCGCCGCCGCCGAGGCUGCGGAGAACGGGCAGCUCUCGGAGCACCUUCGUGCGAAGGAGAACGAGGCGGAGGCGGCGGCACAGGAAGUCGCCCGAUUGGAGGCUGUGGUUGCCGGAUUGGAGGCCCAGAGCUCGGACCUGCGCGCGGAGAUGAGCGAAUUGGGGAGCCAAUUGGAGGCUAUGACCGCGUCAGCUCGUGAUGUCCAAUCCCAGAAGGAAGUGCUGGAAUCAACCUUCAACGAGUUCAAGAAGGAAGGCGAGGUUUACAAGCAGGAGAUGGAGGUGAAGCAUGAGAAUCAAUUGAAGGAAUUGGAGGCUCUGCAAUCCAGGAAGGUGGAAUUGGAGACGAAGGUGGAUUCUUUGGAGGCAGAGCUCUCAGCGGCUGUUGCUAGGAACCAUGAAUUAGAGUCUGAAGUGCACAAGAUGGAGACGGAGAUGGCUGCUACCAACGAGGAGGUGGAGAAGCUCCAAACCUUGCUUGCGGAGCUGGAUCAGAAGCAGAUUGUUGUGGUUGCUGAAGUGGCUAGGCUCCAAAGUGAGAUUGACCAAGUGGUGACGACGAAAGAAGCAGCUGCUGCGGCACACGACUCUGAGAAGAAAAUGAUCCAGGCUGAAUUGGAGAUGCUGAAAGGGAGCAUUGACAGGAUUCAGGCUGAGAAAGAUGAUGCUUUAGGCAUGGUACAUGCUAAAGAUGCUGAGGCUGCAAAGUUGAGGGAUGAACUGAAGAAGCUCCACAGUGAAAUGGCUGAGCUGCGUGCUCUCUGCGAUGAUCUUGAUGGGAAGUCUUCCUCCCUCGAAGAUGAGAAAAGUUUGGUUCUGAAAGAACUUGAGCAGGAGAAAGCUGAAGCAGAGAAGCUGAAGUUCAAAAUUCAGGAGCUUGAGUCCUAUAACAGAGACAAUGAUCGUGAGAUUGGGGUACUGAAGUUAGAUGUUGCAGACAGGGACAAACAAAUCAAUGACUUGACUGGGGAGCUUGAGCAGCUGCAGCUUGCAGUCCCCGAGGCGGAUCGCAGGGGGAACAAUGUGGUCUGGAAGUGGCUGGGUCCGGCUACCACAACCGUGUUAGCAGCUGCUUCCUUUGUCUACGCCGCACGCAGUCGGUGA